CUGUUUUGUUAGCGAAAAGGGGCGUCAAUUACCGUAAAUCCUAAUGUAAUACAGUUAGGAUAGCCUGCAUAAUGCCAUUGACUACCUUAUUUUUUUUAUCUUUCUUUGGAGCAGUUUUGCUUCAAAAUGAUAUGAUCUAAUCGCGGAAACAAUGCCACUAGACCAACAGGAACUGGAGCUUACAUUGGCGCUGUCACUGCUCCUAUCCCGCAUUGACAGCUGGGUUACGCGGAGGCUCGUCGGUCGUAUGCUUUGUGUGAUGCGGGAAGCUGCUGAACGUUUUGUUGUGGAAUGAAAUCGACAUUGUGAAAAAGUCUUUGUUCAUCUUUUCAUUCAAAACGGAGUUUGAAAUUCGGCAAGGAGAGAUGAAGAAUCUACUCCCUGGGAUAGUCCUGACGUUUUUGAUAUUUUUAGAGUGCAUAGAGGCCAAAAAGUACUGCUGGUAUUUUGAAGGCGGAUACCCCAUCUACUUUAUAUGCCGCUCGUACGAGGACUGCUGUGGGACCCGUUGCUGUGUCCGAGCCCUCUCCAUCCAGCGGCUAUGGUACUUCUGGUUGAUGCUGAUGAUGGGGGUGCUAUUCUGCUGCGGAGCGGGCUUCUUCUUCCGCAGGUGCAUACACCCCUCGCCCCUCAGCGACGAGCAUGCCUUCAACGUUUCCUUCACCAGGCAGCCUGUGUCCACGCCAGUAUCCCAGCAGCCUGGCAUGGUAGGCUAUGGCGACCCCGGUGGCGUCAUGACUUCCCCCCUCACCCCCGUCUACCCCAUCCAGCCCGGCCCCGCCCAUAUGAUGAACGACUACCCUCCACCGCCCUCGUACUGCAACCACCCACCCCCGCCGUAUGAACAGAUUUUCCGGACACCAGAGAAGAAGUAAGUCUCCGCUGCGUUUCCCUCCGUUCCUCCUCCUUCGUUGUGACAUCGCCAGCAGAACGGACAAGGACACGAGGGGACAGCCACAGUGUCUGUCCACUGUUACACUGUCAGCCCAAGUGCUCACCCAGGUCACAGGGACAAGAAACUGAGAACCACCUAGAGGAACAAACUGUCCUUCCUGAGGACCUGGAUACAGACCGGCUCAAUAUGUCUCCAUGGUUUAUAUUUUCAAAAUCAUUCAUUCUUUCUAAUUUACACAAAAGCAUAAUUAUAUAUAUAUAUAUAUACAGUCUUUUUCUGCUGACAGUGCCAUCUUGAUGAGCAUGGUCUGUGACUGAUCUGUAGUGAGGCACUCGGACUCCUGUAAAUGACACAACUGAGGAAUUUCAAUGGAGAAUGCUGACCCAAGAUCAGCACAUUGCUUCUAGAUGAACAGAUUCAUGUUAGCAUUUAGCUGACCUAGGACCAGGGCAUAAGAACAGACACACGAGUGACUGCAAAUUGGAGUUGAAAGCCACCUUGGAGAAGUUACUACACAAGGUGUUUUAAAUAGCUGAAAGGGGUAAAGACUCUGUUAGGAUGCGUCCACACUAAUUGGGCUGCUUGUCUCGUCCUGAAUCCUGUGACUAUAAACACUCCGGGCAGGAAGUGUGAUCGCUGUGAAGGAGGGGAAACGGACCUGGAUUUAUCAGACCUAUUAUGUGCUGAAAGCUAUCGCAACCCUGCCAACGCCAGAUUCUCGAAGAAUUCAGUUCCACUCAAGGCCAGAUAUUUUUGGGGGAACUAUCACCACAGAGGUUCAGUAAUGGUUUUUCAGAGAUGUGGACUUCAGUUUGUAUAGUAAAGGAGCUCGACCAGAAUGAGGAUGAACUCAAAUCAAUGUGUUCGUUCCAGACACGCAUGCAUUCAGGUUGCAAUUGGAUCACGUUUCACUGAGGAGCUCAAGGACUUUGUUUACCGUACCUUCGAAGUAUUCACAUCCCUCGUCUUCUUCCACAUGUAGUUGUUACAAAGUGGGAUUAAAAUGUUUUGUUUUUUUGUCAACGAUCUACACAAAAUACUUGAAUGUCAAAGUGUGGUAAAUAUCCUACAGCCACUACUAGGCUUGACAAUAUGAGGAGUGGUCCUCACUAAUGCAGUGGAUUGGAUUUGCCCCAAACAUAACACUUUGUAUUCAGGACAAAAUGUUCAUUGCUUUGCCACAUUUUUUGCAGUAUUAUUUUAGUGCCUUGUUGCAAACAGGAUGUGUGUUUUGGAAUAUU